AUGGGCACCGAGGAGGAGGAAGUGCACCAGGGACCCGUCCCUCUCUCCUACACGGUUACCACUGUCACGACGCAAGGCUUCCCCAUCCACGCCGGCCAGCACAUCCCUGGGUGCAGCACCCAGCAGCUCCCAGCAUGCUCAGUGAUGUUCAGUGGACAGCACUACCCGCUCUGCUGCCUCCCGCCCCCGCUGAUCCAGGCAUGCGCCAUGCAACAGCUCCCCGUCUCCUACCAGACGUUCCCCCCCAUCAUCUCCAGCGACCAUUACAUCCUGCACCCCCCACCACCACCACCUCUGGCAACCCUGCUGGGCCAGGAUGAGCCCCAGCUGCACCCUGCCUUCCCCCAGCAGCCGCACAUCCCUGUAGAUGAGCCCCGCGCCUACGCUCUCCCCAGCACGCCGCCACGAAUGCUUCACCCGGCCGCUCACCCGCCCCACCAGAACCCAUUCAUGGUGGAUCUGCAUGACCAGGGUCUGUUGGAGGCCUUGGGGAGGGAGCAGGGGUGCAGCCAUGCCCAUGGUGGGUGUCUGACUCCCGUUUUUCUCUCUCUCCCCCCACAGCUGAUCCAGGCAUGCGCCAUGCAACAGCUCCCCGUCUCCUACCAGACGUUCCCCCCCAUCAUCUCCAGCGACCAUUACAUCCUGCACCCCCCACCCCCACCAGUGCCCCCCCACCAGCCACCCCACAUGGCCCCCCUGGGGCAGUUUGUACCUCUCCAAGCCCAGCACCCGCGCAUGCCUCUGCAGAGGAUAGACAAUCGGCUGGGGGAGGCCAAGCCGCGGGGACUCACCAAAGCAGACAUCGAGCACCUCCCGUCCUACCGCUUCAACCCUGAGAGCCACCAGUCCGAGCAGACCCUGUGUGUCGUGUGCUUCAGCGACUUCGAGGCCCGGCAGCUUCUCCGUGUCCUGCCCUGCAACCACGAGUUCCACGCCAAGUGUGUCGACAAAUGGUUAAAGGCAAACCGCACGUGCCCUAUCUGCCGGGCAGACGCGUCGGAGGUGCAGCGGGAGGCGGACUGAGGCUGGCGGGCGCUGUGCCGCGCAAUUCGCUAGAGGACGAGGACGCCGGGCCAGGGGCGGGGGCCGCUGCCCGCUGCUAGGGCCUGACC